AUGAGCCUGACCUCGCGGGUGUUCGGCCUGUUCACGACAGCGAACUCAGACUCAACUGCAGCGCCUGCGGGGGAUUCGCCCACCUCAAAAUGGCCACAACUAAGUCACACACCAACGGGAGAUGAAUCAAAUCCCAUGCGAGAUGUUGAUCUCGCGCUGGAGGAGGAAGAGCCUCGGCCGCCAUAUUUACAUGCCAUGUUUGCCGGUGGCAUUGGAGGAACAUGCGGUGACAUGUUGAUGCACUCAUUAGACACCGUCAAGACUCGACAACAAGGCGACCCGACCUUUCCGCCGAAAUACACAUCGAUGGGCCAGUCCUACGCAACGAUCUAUCGACAAGAAGGCCUCUGUCGCGGUCUAUAUGGGGGAGUCACCCCGGCUCUCCUUGGAUCAUUCCCCGGAACAGUCAUCUUCUUUGGAUGCUACGAAUAUACCAAGCGUCUGAUGAUCGAUUCGGGCAUCAACCCCAGCAUAGCCUAUCUCUCUGGUGGAUUCUUGGCCGACUUGGCUGCGUCCAUUGUCUAUGUCCCGUCCGAGGUCCUGAAAACACGAUUACAACUGCAGGGCCGACACAAUAACCCACACUUCAACUCCGGAUACAACUAUCUUAACAUGAGAGAUGGAUUCCGCCAGAUUGUGCGCAUGGAAGGAUUCUCAGCGCUGUUCCACGGCUACAAGGCCACGAUCUUCCGCGACCUCCCGUUCUCCGCACUUCAAUUCGCAUUCUAUGAAAAGGAGCAGUCUAUGGCAAAGCAUUGGGUUGGGAAACGAGAUAUUGGACUGGGGUUGGAAAUUCUCACAGCCGCCACCGCCGGCGGUAUGGCGGGUGUGAUCACUUGUCCGAUGGACGUGGUCAAGACCCGCAUCCAGACCCAGCAGAACCCUCCCGAAACACCCUCGGCCUCGGGCGCGAAACACAACGUCGAACAUCAUCCACGUCCAUCCCACCCCCCCGGCACCCCGAGACUCGACACAUCCUCAGUCUUCACGGGCCUGAAGAUGAUCUACCGCACGGAAGGUCUUGCGGGGUGGUUCCGUGGUGUGGGCCCCCGCGGUGUCUGGACCAGCAUUCAAAGCGGGACCAUGCUGGUGAUGUACCAGUACCUGCUCAAGCAAUUUGAAGCGCACGAGAUUCUGGCAGAGCGCCCUUAA